AUGGUGGCUUCACAUGACAAGCAGCAACAGCACAACGACGAUGCGGCCAUCUUUGCCGCCGCCGCUGCUGGCGCUGCACCGCCGGUGUGGAACCAGCAAGAUGCCUGGGCCGCAGCGCUCUUCGACAACGCCCGCCAGUUCGGCGUGCAGCUGGUGUGUGCGGGCGGCUCAGGCGCCAUCGCGAAGACCAUGGUUGCGCCGCUCGAGCGCGCAAAG